AGUUCAGACAGCGGCACCUUGUCAAUUCGCUCCCAGCCAAUUCAACCAGUAUCAUUUCGCCACUGCAGCCAAACAGACACCUGAGUCCAGUCAAUCUGCCCAUUGUCACCGAAAACGGGGAGGAUGACCACCAUCAGGAUGACUCGACUCGCUCCAUCAGCUAGUUUUUGCUGGGUCUCCAAGCUCAAGAAUGACACGUUUUUGAAUGACAAGUGGACACCAAAUUGCUCCUGCCUUGUUUGAAAAGUCUGGUGUACGUGCUGCAAUUCCUCUUAUACUCUAACUACCUAUCGAGCAUCAUCAGCAGUAGGCCAAGUGCUCUGCUUUCGUGUGAAGGCAAGCAAGAGAUCGACGCAGCAUCCCCAACAGCCACUUAGCUCAGGGCUUGGUUCCCAGCAGUUUUGGAUUGUUGAAUUCGAUAUGAAUAGCAGCAUACUAGACUGGUACUAGUACUACUAGUAGCCACAAUAACAGACUGAGGAACUUUCCUUUUCCUUCGGCCACCAUGGUUGUGAGGCUCCAGCGAUUGAUCAAGAACGCCACCUUCAAUUUUUGAACCUUCAGCUUAUGUUGGCAUCCCAAGGUUUUCAAUAAGAAGCAUCAUGUGCUGUAAUUUGUCAAGAGACAGUAGUAUUCCGACAACGCAGACUGCUGGGUGGUAACAUCUUGUUCCCAACCAAUAGCUACUCUAGCUAGCUAGAGCGCAGGAGCGAAGCCAAGGGUUCUAUGAGCUGUGCUGUGCUACUGUAAGAACCCUUUAAUCAGCUUGACAGCUUGGCUGUCUUUAUGAAGGCACGGAAAGUUUCCGUGAUUACGUAACGUUCCGUCCGUCUUCCGAGUCUCAUUUGACUGGAGCUGCUUUGGUCAGGUGGCAGUGGUGGACGGUAUUGAAAGCAUUAGGCACUGGAUUUAUCAGGCGCUCGUUUUGGAUCGCACAGAGUUCGCCAGCACUUCCAAGCACUAAAAUCGCUCACAUUUCUUGGAAAAGGAGGAGCGAAGGGAAGACUAUGAUGAUGACCAGCCACAAAUUGAAGCAAAUGGCUUUGAUGGACAACCGACGACUCCAGACAAAACCACAGCAAACGACCAGACGAAACUCCCCAACGACAACAGACCCAACCCGUUCAAUAACAGACACAAUAAUAAGAAGCACACUCAGUACAGUACACCUACCAUAGUACACUGCGCGGAUGACAGUGCACACAUCACUGCAAUCGUAUCGCUGUGCGGUGCAAGGAUAGACCGACGCUCUUCGAGUGUUGUUCCCCCCUUUCGUUACCUUCGCUCCACAAAACAAAACACUUUUUUUUUAAAAGACUAGUAGAGGGAUCGUCAAGCUAAACGCACCGUCAAUCAGCGGAAGAGAGCAGCGGCAGAGAGGGAACAGUCCACAAGAAGACGACGCCAUACUCUUGCACACAGCCGCAGCCGACCGCAAGAAUCAGCAAUAUCGCCGUCAACAAGCAGCAGCAACAACAGCAGCUCGAAGUGUUCGCAGCAGGCGGACAGACGUAGCAGCAUACAACAAGGACGGCUUCAAAGAGGUGCUCUAACAACAAGUUCUCGCUCUGUUGGACUUAGUAGUUAGAAGCAAGCACCAAAGCAAAGAAGAACCACUUCCCCGUCACGUCUGUACGGUACUUCGAUUGUCCUUCUUCAACCAAGGACCCUUCGUCCUCGAGAGGAGAAAAAAAAUCCAUUGCUGAAAAGCAACACACUUACACAAAGCAGCCAUUUUGAUGCCAAGAGAAGAGAGUGCUAAAAAUAAAGUCGCAACAAAUAGUCGCGGUGUAGCACCCUCGCUCUCUACCACAAAAAGAACAUCAAUCGAAGAGGACGGCCUCACCACGGGUUUCGACGAAGAUCGAACUACCAAAUCGCCAGAACGUCUCAAGGAGGACGACAACAAGGAGGAGGACGACGAAUCGAAUUCGACCAUGCUGCUGGUGGACAAUGAGCUUGUCCUCGACCUCACCGAAGAACAAGAAGAUUACCAUGUGGUCCUCAAGAGGGCUAGAGAAGAAGUCCUAAACUCGGAUAUUCGUGAAUUUACUUUGGUAUCGCAUCUCUCCAGAAAGUUUCCAGUGAGAGACUUGGCAGAGAUUCUAGAGAAAACAAACAACCUGCGGAGCCUUAGUUUGUUUUCUGUUGCUCUUAGUGGCAGGACCGCAGAUUUUGAUUUCCUGGCCCAGGUGUUGCGUGGACACAAACAACUGAAAGAAGUCCACAUGGUAGACUGUGGCAUGUUGGGGGCAUGGGAAGCCCCCCCGGGCAGUGAAUCCAUUUCCACAAGUACGACGAGUACCCUGGAAGCCUCACAAAGGAAGCGUCCUAAAUUGAGCUCUCGAGCCAAGGAGCUGGCCACAAAAUUGAAGCCACCCCCAGGUCCUCAACCCACCACAGACGUAUCGACGGCGGCAAUGUCGACAUCGGCCAAGUCAAAGACCUCGGGCGCCACGGCCAUGUCCACUUCAGGUGGCACAUUGGCAAUGUCAACUUCGAGUACCGGAGGUCCGUCUACGGCGAAUCCCAGCACAGCUGCCGUCGCGAGCAGUUCUUCGAGGAAAAGAACCGCUGCCCAGCUACGAUCACCCGUCGUGCCAAGAUCAAAGAAUCUCGACUCAUCGGUAUCUGCUAGCUCCAAGGAAAUCUCUUCAGCGUCUACCCGUCUGGGUGAAAAGGUUCCCACCAUGGAUGCCAUUCUGAAUGCAUUGGCCACCAUUAACACUUUGACCAAUGUAGAGCUUUACGGAAUCCCCUCCGGGAAGUACGACAAGCUCAGUGAUGGCGACCAAGAAUCGAACCAUCAAGCGGUCUUGGCCGAGGGCGAAGGCGAUCAGGAUAUUCCAAUGGUACCAAUGGCAAAUGGUGAUUCUUACACCCACUCGGAUGAAGAUUUCCUGGCGGAUUACGAUGAGGACAUUAGAGGGAUUCCAGGCAACGGACGACCGGUGUGUUCCCUCACCAAGAAGCUGUCACUUCUGAUGAGCCCCGAGUCUAUUGGUGCGAUUUGCCGUGGGCCCAAUCUGAGCCAGAUUGGAUUCGAAGACUUGAACCUCCAGCACAGACACAUUGAGCUCAUUGCAGAGGCUCUCUCUUUAAAGGGGUGCAAGGUCAAAGAGCUCAAGAUGUGGGGCUGCAACGUCGAUGAUAAGAGCUCCGAUGCAAUCGCACGGAUGCUCAAGGUGAACGUGUCACUGGAGAAGCUGGACUUGUCGUACAAUCACAUUAAAGAUAAGGGCUGCGUCGCCAUUGCCAAUGCGUUACGUGGCAACACGACAUUGAGAUGUCUAAAUAUUAUGGGAAACGAGUGUGCCGAAGACUACGACAAGGAGAGCAAAGGGGGGUGCUACGAGGCACUAAUGGAUCUUUUGAAGGUUAACGCCACGCUGAAGGAUCUCAUCUUGGAACCCUUCGAACAGGAUGACGAUUCGGAUGGUGGUAUCCCAGAGUUCAUUAUCAUACCCGCCGAUUACAAAGACGAUGCAUCCUCUGCCUCUGAGUAGAUUGGUUGGCGUCGAAAACAGGGGGGAAAGCCCGCGCACACAGACCAAGCUCGCUUCCGUGAAUUACAUGCGGCAAACAAACACCGUUGAUAGAUCUUGACCGAUUUCAAAGCUUUGUCUAGCAAAUUGUAUAUACUAUUUUGACACAUUGUUUUACUCUACCCACAUUUAUUUGUCCUCUCCGCUGG